GUGCCAAUGACGCAAGUGGUGGCAGUGGCGGGCGAGCCGGUGUACCUACCGUGCGAUAUCUCGACGCAGGAUGAAGAUGACGCCGUACUUCUGGUCCUGUGGUACAGGGAGGACUUGGGCACACCCAUUUACAGCGUUGAUGCCAGGGAGCGGGACUUCGGAGUCGCGGAACGGUGGUCGCUCGAGAGUGUCUUCGCAUCCAGAGCGUACUUCCUUCCCGAGAGGAGGCCCGCAGAGCUCGGCGUGGACCGAGUGAAGGCCUCAGACCAGGGCAUCUACAGGUGUAGAGUGGACUUCAAGCAAGCCCAAACUAGAAACUCGAGGGUUAACCUCACAGUAAUAGUGCCUCCUAGUAAAAUGGUAAUCAUUGAUGAUAAGGGUGAUGUCAAACAAGCCAUAGUUGGACCUUACAUAGAAGGUGAUACAUUCACGCUCAAAUGUGAUGUCUCUGGGGGUCGUCCAAGGCCCUGGGUGAAAUGGUUCAGGGACGAGGUAGAAGUGGACACUCCAGCCUCCCCGCUGACCGGCAACGGAGUGAGAGGCAUCAUCAGAGUGGGCCCGUUGACGAGGGCGGACGUGAGAGCUGCUCUUACCUGCCGUGCUUCCAAUCACCCCAGGGCGCACCCCAUAGAAACCACCCUCACGCUAGAUAUGAAUUUCCCACCGCUAACAGUUCACAUACUGGGCUCCAACCAGCCUUUGUCGGCGAGCAGACGGUACGACCUACUCUGCCAGAGCUCAGGGUCACGCCCGCCUGCCUCCAUCACCUGGUGGAAGAACGGGCACAGGAUAAACAACGCUAAGGAAACGUUAUCAACGGACGGUAACACCACGACAUCUACAGUGUCACUGCAGUUUACGAAGUCUGACGCAAGGGCGAAGUUGGCUUGUAGAGCGUCCAACCCUCAGAUGCCGUCGGUUCCUGCUCUGGAAGACGACUGGACCUUGGAUAUCCAGUAUGUUCCAGAGACCACAGUGCGGUUAGGGACGAAUCUGGACCCGACUAAUAUCAGGGAAGGUUCCGAUGUUUACUUUGACUGCAUCAUCAAGGCGCACCCAUAUGUUUACAAAGUGGAAUGGAGGCACAAUGGAAAAACUUUACUGCACAACGUGGGUCAAGGCGUGAUCAUCAGCAACCAAUCACUUGUGCUGCAAGGCGUCGGCAGAAGAACCGCUGGGAACUACACGUGCGUCGGUUUCAAUGCCGAAGGAGACGGUGAAAGCAAACCAUUCUCCCUUGACGUACUGUACGCACCUACAUGUAGAAGCUCUCAACAGAGGGUGCAUGGUGUGGCCAAACAAGAACGAGCUCAUAUUACGUGCCACGUCGAUGCCAACCCACCCGAAGUUAUUUUCCGUUGGACCUUCAACAAUACGGCGAAUAGUAACGAAGUCAGUGACACAUACGUAUCUCGGACUGGCACCAGCUCGACUGUCACUUAUACGCCACACACCGAGAUGGACUACGGCACGCUUCUGUGUUGGGCUCACAACAGGAUCGGGAAGCAGAGGGUGCCGUGCGUCUACCAUAUCAUUGCAGCGGGUCGACCAGAUCAAGUACACAAUUGCUCCGUGGUCAAUGCAUCCCUCACAUCAUUUGGCGUCCGAUGCUCAGAAGGUUUCAACGGAGGAAUGCCUCAAUCUUUCCUAUUGGAAGUCAGGGAUACUUUGACUCAGGAGAUAGUUGCCAACGUAUCGAGUGCUGUGCCUCGAUUCACAGCGGUGGGUCUCCAACCGGGCAAGACGUAUGCUGCAGCAGUGUUAGCCUACAACGCUAAGGGAAGAGGGGACCCUUAUCCAUUGAGAGCGAGUACUGUGAGACCACCGGAGAAACACCACGUUCAUGACAAAAGUCUCGAGUCAACAAGGACUGUGUUCCAAAUGUCCGGAGCCAUGUCGGCAGCCGUAGGUGGAGGGGGGGUGUUGAUGGUAGUGUUCGUGCUGUUCAUGAUAGCAGUCAGACAGAAGUGUGCGAAAAGGAAGCCGCGGUCAGCGCCACCGCCAUCCUCUCAGCCGGCGUCCCCCGACAAGUUCCGAGAGAAGGACGACAGCGAGAGCGAUGACCGAAACCCGGACAUCAUACCGUCUGACACGGAUCAGAUGCAGCCCAGCGUUCUACAUAACCCGUCCUCACCGCAGAUGGAUUAUUAUCGGCAGCAGCAAGUGUCGACCAUCUCGCCGCCUCCCGGGAAUCGAGGGCCCAGGGGCAGCGUGGCAGGAGUCCGCGGCGGUCUGCCUGCGUACUGCGCGCUACGGACCGCCCCGCCGCCUAACCAUCCUGUGAUGCAUGAGCCAGCAAACGCCUCGUCGGGCAUACCUCCGCCCGCGCGCUUCGCCGGCGGCUCUUGCACCUUACCCCGCGGGUCGACCAUCGCCGCCUCCGCCGUGGACGGUAGGUGCGGCAUACCCCUGCAGCACCUGCGCACGCUACCGCGACCCCUCCCCGCCCCCGCGCCCGCACCCGCGCCGCGUGCGACGCCGCGCGACACGCCGCUCUGACAGACCACGCAACUAUAGGAGCGCAACACAUGUAAAUAGACUGUGAUUUUUUAAUACCCACCGCAUAGAGAUCGUCUAAUCUUUUUUUUACGCUCCUUCAGAAAGCGGAGGACGGAGGUGAAAAAUGUUUAAUGCACAUACCCCACAGCCGGCUGCAGGAUUAUGUCAGACUCUUACUGUAUUAAAACCAGCUGAGGAAGCCUCUAAGGCUUUUAAGGCGACAUUGGACGCGAUUACCCGUUGGGUGGGGAUGAAUGAUCUAACACCUCCAUUAAACUACUCGCGAAUUUACCCGAGGUUGAGUCUACUUAGAUACUUAGUACAGAAGAAAAAAAUUAGAUCUUCAGUUGGCAGUCUGUACGUAUGUAUGUAAGAGUGAGACAAUAGAGGGGCGUUCAGUUUAACACCUACACUACACUACUCGCGAAGUUAACUUAGGUUGUGCCAUUGACUACUUAUUAUGAUAGAUAGAUACUAUGUACAGAAAAAAAAUAGUUCUGCAGUUGGCAGUGUGUACGUAGUAUGUAUGUAGUUUGUGGCUCAACCGCGGGUAACUUCGCAAGUACUGUAGUGGAGGUGUAAAACUGAACGCCCCUCUAUUGUCUCACUCUUACAUGUACGAUCAGUGUUCAAAUGCAACACACUCAAAUUAGCUACAGUCAUUGGCCAUUCAAUUGAUUAGUCGCCGGUUAGACUCGAUCGUGGCAGCACACUUCGAUCACUCAUAAAAGUAUGGAGGGGCGUUCAGUUUAAAAUUAGACGAUCUGUACGCGUUAAAACGAUUUAGGUAAACCCACCUAGUUAGGCUAAUUAAUGAAUUUCGUUACGAUUCGUCGUUCGUUUGUAAAUAAAUUCCCCCGAUUAUAAAAUUACAUGUUUAUAACUACCUAACUAGAUUUUAAAAUCGCCAAAUUGUAAUUGAGCGCGUUUAACUGGACGAGUCGUGUUGUUUUACGAUUCCUGUUUUUGUAUUAUUUCAUAUUAGUAUCAUUUUAUGUUUUUAUUCAGUAAAUGGUUGUGAGAUAUGUAAACCCAGUUAUGUAAAUUUUAUAGUGUGUAAUUAAAUGAUAAUUAUACGGUUUUGAACAUUUAUAACCUUUUGGACAUCAGAACGAAGGAGGGUGUGGUGUGUAAAACAGAGUUUUGAAUUGUUUCACUAUUAAAAAUGUAUAGUUGAAACUAUUAGUCAUUACCAUAAUCAUAUUCACUAAAUUGUGAUAAUAUUAAUAAUAUUGAUAAUCAAGUGCUCACUGAAAGUUUCUGGAUGGCGUACCUUAAAAAUUAACUAAUAAGUUAACGAAAUGAAGAUU